AUACCAAAUCAUUAAUAUCGCAAUGAAGUUCAGGUAAGUUUAUGUGCAUUGAUAGGAGAGAGAAUUUGGCAAGUUGCAAAAUGGUGGCUCUGGAGAAUGCCAAGUGCUCUGUCUCAUUUAUAAAUUCAGCUGAGUGUGAAAUAAGGAGUGUACCGUUUCUAACCGUUCGAUAGUCCUUCUGUUUCCUCUUCUCGUCGCACGACCCGUAAGGCUCACUUCACGGCUCCCUCUCACAUCCGCCGUGUGAUGAUGUCCUCUCCUCUGUCUGAAGCCCUCAAGAACAAGUACAACGUCAACGCUAUGCCCAUUGUGAAGGGAGAUAAGGUGAAGAUCCUCCGUGGUUCCUACAAGGGUAAGGAGGGAAAGGUCACCGAGGUCUACAGAAAGAAGUGGGUGAUCCACGUCGAGGGAAUCAACCGCGACAAGGUCAACGGAUCCAGCGCGAAGGUGGGCAUUGAUGCUUCCAAGGUGGAGAUCAUCGAGCUCAAGCUGAGCAAGGACCGCAAGGCUAUUCUGGAUCGCAAGAGCCGUGCUGCUGGAGAGAAGUACACUGAAAAGGAGGUUGCUAAUCUUGAUUAAGUGUCUGAACUCUCUUGAGGUGGUAUAUUACUCUU